AUGUCUGUUGUAAAGACAGGAAUUGGGUUAGGUGUUGGUAUAGUCGCUUCAGCAUUAAUAUUUAGAAAAAAAUCAUGGCCAAUUACAUUAUCAACAGGAUUUGGAGCAGGAGUAGCUUAUGCUGAAUGUCAAAGAAUCUUUAAUCCAAUUGCUUUACCUGAACAAAUUAUUCGUGAUAGACUUGCAGUCGAAGAGCGUAGUCUUCGUCGAGUAGUUAAAAAACAUGCAUUGUUGAUGAAUUCAUUAGAACAAGGAAAUUUAAAAGAAGUUCAACAAUUAUAUAAUGAUUUUAUUGUAGACUUUACUUCAUAUGAAUUAACAUUAACCCGUUUUCAAGCAAUUCAUAAUGUAAAUAUCCAAGAAACUCAACAUUGGUUAAUGGAAGCUCGUAGGAUUGGUAAAUUAUAA